UUGAAAUUCUCCAAUGAAAGCCGCUGAACACGAUUUGCUCACAAUUGAGCUUGCUCCACGGCGACGAGAUGAGCUCCAAAUCCACAAUAAAAAGAUUGCAGAGGUCGAUCAUUGGCUCAAAAAUGUAUUUUCUGAGUCAAACAAGCAGCUAGGAGUGAUGUACCUCACAGGACCAGCUGGCUCGGGCAAAUCGACGACUGUCGAAGUGAUGUGCACAGAGCAGAAUAUCGAAAUCAUCGAAUAUUCGCCAGAAUAUCUUCACAAUGAAGAUUUCGAGUGUGAAAAGCCGGAUUUCACCCAGCUGCGGAGGUUUUUGUUGCGGAGACAUGGAAGCUUGCGGGGUGGUGGCUUGAAAAAGCGGCUUCUUCUCGUCACAGAGCUGCCUGAUCAAGCUUAUAGUGAUGCUGAGAAGUUUCGAGAAGAUUUGUCAGAAGUUCUGCAACAUAUUUGGCAUCCCGUGAUAUUCUGCCUCACGAAUAGUAUUGCAUGCUGGAAUUUGAACCCUGAUCGAUUGUUUACCAAGGACUUUAACAUUAUGAAUGGAAUAGAUACAGUAACAUUCAACCCAGUUGCUGACUCCUUCAUGAAAAAAGCACUCGUCCGCGCUUCAAACUGCCUGAGCUCCCCACUAUCCGAUGCAAAGCUGAAUGUGAUCGGAGAGGAAGCUGGAGGCGAUUUGAGAAUCGCUAUGAAUAUGUUACAGAUGAAUUCGAUUGGACCGAAUGCUGAUAGAAGAAGUGGAAAUAGUGUGAUAUGUGCAUCGAAAGCGAAUCGAGAAGAAGCUUUUCAUAUGAUUGGGCGAAUUUUAUACGCGAAACGUGUCAAUCCGAAUGUUCCGAAGCCGAGUCGUUUCUCGAAGCGAAGGCGGAAGUCUGCACCGAUUCCGGAGCCGCUAGUGAGAACAGAGCUGGAGCAUGACCCGACUGAUAUUAUUACAAUGUCGAGUAUGACUUCUGAGAAGCUUCUCGACUUUCUAUUUCAAAAUGAGCCCAUCUUCUGCUCGAAUAUAUCCAAAUAUCGCUACGUCGCGGAGACUUUUUCGAUGUGUGACUUUUUAACCGGAGACUGGACGACCCGAAAAUCUCUGCCAGAAGAUUACGUGGCACAGAUGGCUACACGUUCGGUGAUGUGGAAUAACUACAAAGAACCUCGCCCGGGAACAUUAUUCGCAGUCGGACGUCCGUUAAGAAGCUCACUGGAAAAACACACGGCUCGAACGAAAUUGGAAUUGCAAAGACUUCCGAUGAUUGGUGCCAAGGAUUAUGCUGCUCUAACAUGUCCGUAUAUAACAAUCAUCAAGGAUAUUAUCGAUCCGCAGAGAAUCGAGUAUUUCCUCUCGAGACCCAUGGAUAUCAACUGGCAAUGGGGAAAUGAUAAAAUCGAGGAGCAUUUAGAGAAACAGUAUGCCCUAGACUACAAAGGACGUAAAAAACACCGUCUUCCCCUUCAUAAGGCACCGAAGCCUUCCGGAAAGAUUAUCGAAGUGGUGGAUUUGGAAGAGGAAGAGGAAAAGUUCACAAUCGAGGAGUCCAGUGACGAUUCUUUUGAAGAAUUUUGAUUUAAAUUUAAAUUACUGACUAUUUAAAUAAUUUCUUUAAAUUUUACGUGUUUCUCCGGUCAUAUCAAUAAAUCUGAUUUUAAU